AUGUUUGUGUUCUAUCACAUUGAAUAUAUCAUAGAUUUCCCCACUCUGACACCACCAAGGUUGAGAAUCUGAAAUAAUAAGAGUUAUAUUUUUUGCUUCUAUAGGCAACACUUUUCACAGAAAUGUUAGUUACACCAUGUAUUAUUGUAGAUACUUUCACAACAAGAAUAUAACUGUACUAAGCCAUGUUUGUUAAGAAUGAGCUUCUUCUAUCUGUAGGCUACAAGGUCUCAAUGUAUCUCUCUGUCUGCACCAGGUUUGUCUAAGAUCCUAUCAGGCCCACUGGCCCAGAGGUAUGAACAGCACCCAGUCCAGCCCUGUCGCCUUCUUCAUCAUCCAGGGCCUGGCCAGUCUGGGGGAGAAGAAGAUGGUCCUGUUUAUCAUCUUCCUGCUGGCCUACACCAUCAUCCUCGGAGGAAACAUCAUGAUCAUCUACCUGGUCCGGACCGACCCGAAGCUGGGCUCCCCCAUGUACUUCUUCCUCCACAACCUGUCCAUCGUGGACAUGAUUUACACAACGGUCACCAUUCCCAACAUGUUGUCAGGCUUCCUGACUGAGGUCAAGACUGUGUCUGUCCCCGGCUGCUUCAUCCAAAUGUACUGUUUCAUCCACAUGUCUGUUACCGGCCGCGCCCUGCUGACCGCUAUGGCCUACGACCGCUAUGUGGCCAUCUGUAAUCCUCUUCGCUAUGCCGCUGUGAUGACCCGCCCCGUCUGCCUGCUACUCAUCAUUGGGGCGUGGACCUUCGGCGCCAUCUGCACCUUCCCAAACACUAGCAUGGCAUUGCAGCGUUCAUACUGUGGACCCAACGUGGUGCGCCACUGCUGGUGCGACCCGUCCUCAGUGAGGCUACUGGUGUGUGGGGACACUCAGGUGGACAGCAUUGUGUCACUGUCUUUUGCCCUCAUAGCGCUGCUCACCACGGGUGUGCUCAUCCUCACUUCCUACAUCCUCAUCGGUGUGAAGAUAGCUAAAAUGGGCGCUGCACAGCGACUGAAGGCGUUUAGCACCUGUGCCGCCCACCUGACGGUUGUGUCCAUUUCUUACAGCUCUGCCUCAUUUGUCUACAUCUCCUACCGUGUGGGAAACUUCUCUCCAGAGGUGCGUAUCAUCGUGUCGGUGCUGUACUCGGCUCUGACUCCUUUCCUGAACCCGGUGAUCUACAGCCUGAGGAACAAGGAGCUGAGAGUGGCCAUCAAGAGGGCCUUCUGCCGACACAGAGACGUCUCACCGCAGGGCCGCAAAACACUCAACACACUGUCCUGACAGCAAAACAUUCAAUACAAUCUCCUUUAAAAUAGUUUAGUAUGGGUUAAAAAGUGUGAUAAUUUUCAGAGAUUCCAAAAUAAUGCCAAGUCACUGUUUCCAAUUAUUGUUUGUUGCUUGGAGGGCAGAACAGCUCAAUGUUUCAUUAUCAUACACUUAUAAACGAAACCGAACAAUAUUCGUGUUUACCAUUUGGUUCAUGGUGUAGGUUGCACAACUGUAUAAAUCUGAUUUAAUAGUUUGAAGUUUAUUGAUAAGAACCAACAAAUGAAAUAACAAUUGUACAGUCCUGUUCAAUCGCAUUGUACAAACUACCAGAUACAGUACUAAAUGGUAUGUGAUUAUACUUGUUAUUAAUCAAUACCAAAGAAACAACAGUAAUUGUCAGGUGAUUAUUGUGUAAGUACAAUCUCGCAAUAUUAUUUCUUAAAUAUCAGGGAAAUAGCACACUGUCAAAUAAAGUGUACCAACAGAUUUUGGUUUUGUGCCUCUGCCUUCUCUGUAGGCGUCACAAAUUAAAAUAAAACUUUGUACAAUAAAAUAUUCUAUGUUGGUUUGCAUGUGGAAAUUAAAUCUACAAAUGAUUCAUGGAACACCCCCCCAAAACUUUG